GGUUCCGCCGCUGGAAUCGCGUCCCCGCCGGGCUCCCGGGUGGGGACGGGACAAACGCCCGGGGCUGGGAGCGGUCCCCGAGCCCUCUGGAAGUGGCACCUGGUGCUUCCCGAGGAUGCCGGGAGGAGGGAAAGCGCCCGAGCCCAGAUUUGAGGAGUUUCAGCCACCCACCCAUCCCAAAAUCCCGCCGAGCCCGGCGCUUCCAUGGUGCGGGAAGGCGGCAUGGCCCGGACCCCCUACAGCUCCACGCAGGACAUCCAGAUGGACGUCUUGGACAACGCCGCGCUCCAGGGCAAGUACAGCCGGCGCAAGAGCCGCUUCAAGCGCUCGGACGGCAGCACCUCGUCCGACACCACCUCCAACAGCUUCGUCCGGCAGGGCUCGGCCGAGUCCUACACCAGCCGCCCGUCGGACUCGGAUGUGUCGCUGGAGGAGGACAGGGAGGCGCUGCGCAAGGAGGCCGAGCGCCAGGCCAUGGCUCAGCUGGAGAAAGCCAAGACGAAGCCGGUGGCGUUCGCCGUGCGCACCAACGUGGGCUACAACCCUUCUGCCACCGACGACGUGCCGGUGCAGGGCAUGGCCAUCUGCUUCGAGCCCAAGGACUUCCUGCACAUCAAGGAGAAGUACAACAACGACUGGUGGAUCGGGCGGCUGGUGAAGGAGGGCUGCGAGGUGGGCUUCAUCCCCAGCCCCGUCAAGCUGGAGAACAUGCGGCUGCUGCAGGAGCAGAAGAUGAGGCAGAACCGCCUGAGCUCCAGCAAAUCGGGUGACAACUCCAGCUCCAGCCUGGGCGAUGUGGUGACGGGGACGCGCCGGCCCACCCCUCCCGCCAGCGGUGGCCUGGACGUGCCUAGCUUUGCCUUUGAGCCCGAUGAGUUAGAGGAGGAGGAGGAGGAGGCCGUGGAGACCCAGCGCUCCCCUAAGAGUAGCGUGAGCAGUGUCACCACCCCCCCCGCCCACAGCAAGCGCAUCCCUUUCUUUAGGAAGACCGAGCACGUGCCCCCGUACGACGUGGUGCCCUCCAUGCGCCCCAUCGUCCUGGUGGGGCCCUCGCUGAAGGGCUACGAGGUCACGGACAUGAUGCAGAAAGCGCUCUUCGACUUCCUGAAGCACCGCUUUGACGGCAGGAUCUCCAUCACGCGGGUGACGGCCGACAUCUCGCUGGCCAAGCGCUCCGUGCUCAACAACCCCAGCAAGCACACCAUCAUCGAGCGCUCCAGCACCCGCUCCAGCCUGGCCGAGGUGCAGAGCGAGACCGAGCGCAUCUUCGAGCUGGCCCGGACGCUGCAGCUGGUGGCCCUGGACGCCGACACCAUCAACCACCCGGCGCAGCUGGCCAAGACCUCGCUGGCCCCCAUCAUCGUCUACAUCAAAAUCACCUCCCCCAAGGUGCUGCAGCGGCUGGUGAAGUCCAGGGGGAAGUCCCAGGCCAAGCACCUCAACGUGCAGAUGGUGGCCUCGGACAAGCUGGCGCAGUGCCCACCUGAGAUGUUCGACAUCGUGCUGGACGAGAACCAGCUGGAGGAGGCCUGCGAGCACCUGGCCGAGUACCUGGAGGCCUACUGGAAGGCCACGCACCCGCCCAGCAGCAACCCGCCCAACCCGCUGCUGAACCGCACCAUGGCCACGGCCGCGCUGGCCGCCAGCCCCGCGCCCGUCUCCAACCUCCAGGUACAGGUGCUCACCUCCCUGCGCAGGAACCUCAACCUCUGGGGCCGCGAGGCCACCCCCAGCCCCCCCGGAGCCCUGGAGGAGCACGCGCUGUGAGGGGACG